CAGGUUGUUCCCGUCGGGCCAGUUGCAGAGGGCAUGUUGCAGGUGAAAGGAAAAGAGAGGGAGGAACCGAUCAAACGGAGAGAAGGAGGAGAAAACUUAUAGAAACCAAAGAUGACUGUGUGAAACAAAAUGGAUCCAACCAAGCCCAGCCUUUCCUCAAAGGCACCGUAUGUAAACAACGGUGGAGGAAAUGAGGCUCUGAUGGAGGACGCCUCGGGGCCGUGGAGAGACGCAGUGGACGGGGAGAGGGAGGCAGACAGCAGAGAUCCAGAUGUUGAUGUGAUCACAGCAGGGGUUAACCACAGGGGGUCAGCAAACAAACACAAGUUCAACACAACCGGAUAUCAGCGGCAGACCAAGCAGAAGGUGGUGACGGACUUUUCCACAGUGAGCAAAGGAACUUCUGCAGGAGCCAAACCCCGAGCAACGCUGAGUAAAGUGUUCAACCAGGGAGUGUCGGAGAAGAACCCAGAGGAGAAGGGUCAGCUGGACGGGUUGAAGCAGGCUCUCGGGGCCUUCGCCGUGCCGGUGGAUCUGAAGUGGAGAUGGAAGGAGGAAAGUCAGGGAACCACGCUGGAGAAAAACUGGACUGAUAUAGUGCACUCUCACUCAACCAUGUCUAAGAUGCAGAGACACCAGCAGGAGGCGCUGUGGGAGUUUGUCCACACUGAGCUCACCUACAUCAACAAGCUCAUCAUCAUCAAGGAUGUGGUGAUCGCAGCUCUUUUCAACCUGCAGCAGUAUGGAUUCCUCCCUGAGGUGACCCCCAAGCUGCUCUUCUCAAACCUCUGCUCCGUCCUCUCCGCUCACCAGCUGUUGUGGCAGGAAGUGAUUUACCCGAUGCUGCAGGAGGUCCGGAGGACAGGGAAGCCCUUCGACCCCCUGGUGUUAGAGGCCGGCUGCCUGCAGUUCCCUGAGCGCUUCUUCUCCUAUCAGCACUACUGUUGGGAGGAGGAGAACAACCUGGAGUUCACACGCAGGCAGAUGGAGAGCAACCCACACUUCCACACCUUCGUCCAGUGGGUGGAGACUCACCCUAAGUGUGAGCGGAUGCGUCUCGGGGACAUGCAGGCCAAACCCCACCAGAGGAUCACCAAGUAUCCUCUGCUGCUCAAAGCCGUGCUGAAGAACACGCAGGACCCUCAUGUGCAGCACACACUCAGAGGCAUGUUAUCCGGUGUGAACACUUUCUUGGAGAGCAUCAAUGACUACCUGAAGCGGAAAGACGAGGAACUCGCUCUCAGCAUCUCCGCUCAGCGGGUGGAGGGGUACGAGGUGGAGGGAAUCAAUGAAGACAUAGACAAGCAUGUCCAAAAGUUCUGCCAGUUUGACCUCACGUGCCCCAUCAGAGGCGUCGGUCCCCAGGCGGUCCGUAAGCUGCUGCUGGAGGACAACCUGAAGAUUCGGGGGAGAAGAGACAACAAGGUGAGCGCUCAAUUUGGCGAUGAUAUCCCCGGCAUGGAGGGUCUCGGCACAGACAUCACGGUGGUUUGCCCCUGGGAAGCCUUCGGCGACAUGGAGCUCAGCGACUUGGCCAAAUACGGCAUCAUCUAA